CGCAAACUGUCCCACAUUUUAUUGGGGCGUGCUUUACGAAAAAAAUAGGUCAGACUCGGGGAGGAGUCGGGGUUUGUGAUGGGUGAAAGGGAAAAGUUCAGAGGUCACAAUUUUGUUGUCUUUGUUUAAAGGAGUGGAGCUCGAUCUCACAUCACUCUUCCCUCUUCCCCGAGUCCUUUCUAAACUCUCCCCCGGGUUUCUACCCUCCCGAACCUCUCCCCUUCUACCCUUACAACCCCAACCCUCCCCCCGAUCACCUAUCAGCGCACGAGUCAGAUCCAUCUCAGUGACCAAAGACCUCAGUUCUGUACUGACCUGCAGUUGCAGUCAUGGACUCCGGUGUGAUUGAAGGCGGGCUCAAUGUCACCCUUACCAUUAGGCUGCUCAUGCAUGGGAAGGAAGUUGGAAGCAUUAUUGGGAAGAAAGGUGAAUCUGUGAAGAAGAUGAGAGAAGAGAGCGGAGCUCGCAUCAACAUCUCAGAGGGCAAUUGUCCUGAGAGGAUCAUUACAUUGGCAGGUCCAACCACUGCCAUAUUUAAAGCAUUCUCCAUGAUCAUUGAAAAGUUGGAAGAGGAUAUCAGCAGCUCGAUGACAAACAGCACAGCUACCAGCAAGCCCCCGGUCACCCUACGCAUUGUGGUGCCUGCCAGCCAGUGUGGUUCGCUUAUUGGAAAAGGUGGAUGCAAGAUCAAGGAAAUUCGAGAGUCAACCGGUGCUCAGGUACAAGUGGCUGGAGACAUGCUCCCCAACUCCACGGAGCGUGCCAUCACCAUUGCUGGCACUCCCCAGUCGAUAAUUGAGUGCGUCAAGCAGAUCUGUGUGGUAAUGCUUGAGUCUCCCCCUAAGGGGGUCACUAUCCCCUACAGACCCAAGCCUUCAGGAUCACCCGUCAUCUUUGCAGGCGGACAGGCAUAUGCCGUACAAGGACAGCACGCAAUUCCACAGCCAGAUUCUUCCUCUGCUGCUAUCUCUCCACAGCUCACCAAGCUUCACCAGCUGGCUAUGCAGCAGAGCCCGUUCCCCAUUGCACCGAGCAACCAGGGAUUCACUGGGAUGGAUGCUUCUGCUCAAACCAGUUCCCAUGAGAUGACCAUUCCAAAUGAUCUUAUUGGGUGCAUCAUUGGCCGCCAGGGAGCCAAGAUCAACGAGAUCAGGCAAAUGUCAGGUGCCCAGAUCAAGAUUGCAAAUCCAGUGGAUGGAUCGACCGACCGCCAGGUUACCAUCACAGGCUCGCCUGCCAGCAUUAGUCUGGCGGAGUACCUCAUCAACGCCAGGCUUUCCUCUGAGGCCACUGGACUGGCAGCCAACUGAUAAGACACUGCAUCUGCACUAAAUCUCACUUUUAUAUCAUCGGCUAUGAUUAAGCAGUCAAUGCAACUAUCCAAGUUAAGAGUUUAUAUAUUAUACUGCCUCUUCCUCAUUUAAAAAAAAAAAAAAACCAAAAGCAAAAAAAAAUUAUGUCAGCCGCCACUGAUUUGAUCCACUGAGUUCAUUAUUUAUUUUCUUUGUUUUGGUUUUAGUCAUACAAAGCAAAUGAUUAGGUUUUAAAUUCCCUUUUUGGAGUCCAGUCAGAGGUUUUAAUGAUUUGUUGUUUAGGCAUUUUUCUUUUCUUGAUGGAUAUCUCGCUCCUUCCAUUUCUUUCUUUGCCAUCAGAGACAUGAGUUGGAAAAACUCUGAAUAGACAUAGAUUUAGUUCUGUACAGUCAGCUUUUUUUUUUUUUUUUUUUUCUCUUU